CCUCGGGCGGAUUAUGUAAAAUGGAAACCAUCACUUCGUCUUAAUAGUAUUUCCUGCAUAACAGACCUGCUGAAGUACUGUUGGUUUUGUUUUGUUUUUUCCAAUUUUUUAAUUACAAUGGCAGAGGAGGAAGAAGAUGAUUAUAUGUCAGACGCUUUUAUAACUAAACAGGAGGAUCUGAGGCCGGGGAUGCCCAUGUUGCGGAGAGAGAAAGAAGCCCUGAGGAAGGAGGUGCACCACAAGGAGAUGAAUAUAAAGAACAGGCAAAAGAGCUUCAAGGAGGAAGAGCAGGAGAGGAGGGAGGCAGUGAUGAAGAGCUCAUUAGGCAAUGAAAACAAGGGCUUUGCUUUACUACAAAAGAUGGGGUACAAAGCAGGUCAAGGGCUUGGAAAAGCAGGAGCUGGCAGGGUUGAACCUAUCCCAGUGAACAUUAAAACAGAUCGAGGUGGGAUUGGGCUAGAGGAAGUGAAAAAGAGGAAAGCUGAAGAAAAACUUGAAAACUAUAGGCGAAAGGUUCAAGUCAAACAGCAAGUAGAGAAGCAAGAUCUUGAAAACUUCAGACUAAGGAUGAGAACAGAAAAAGAAGAGCGGCAGAUAGAGGCAGACCUCUGGAAAAGCCAGCGGGCUUGUGAACAGCUUGACAGCCAAAAGGGUAUCACAGAGCCCAGGGAUCCUUGGUAUUGGCCUGCCUCUAAAACUGAGGAAGUGGAGGAGGAGGAGGAGGACAAUGACAAUGACAAUGAAGAAACAGAGGAGGAGGAAGAUGAAGCAGAACAACUAACUUCUUUUGAAAAGUUGCAGAUACUGACAUCAUAUUUACGAAACGUUCACUUCUACUGCAUCUGGUGUGGAACAUCAUACGAUGAUGACGAAGACUUGUCUUCAAAUUGCCCUGGAGAGACUGCUGCAGAUCACGACUAACUAAGGGUACAGAGGACAAAGACCAUAAAAGCAAGAUUCCCUCUGUAAAAUGUUCACACAAAAAAAGAUGUAAUUCAUGUGUAACAGGUGGCGACGGUAACUGGCUCAUCAAUAACAUUCACAGUCACUUGACCAGGACCAAGAAGCUGUCUUCCCGUAUUUUAUCAUUUUCUUUCUGUUUAAGCUCAGUUUCAGUGGUCAUAAUGUCUAUUAGAAUGUAUUAUAAGAGCCAAGUAUCUAAUUGUGUGAUCAAUGUAUGUUUUUUAUUUUAUUUUGUAUUCCACUUUCUUAUUUAGACAGAAAAAAGUGUUGUGAUAAACACAUUCUGAUAUUUCAAAGUAUUGCAUGAGAUUUGCUAACAAGAAAGUUAAUGCGUACAAAUUACCUUUGAUGAUUCUUGCGAAGAAAAAACAUGUUCAGUUUUGCUUUCAAAUAAACCAACCAAUCGUCAAUAAUUUGUUCAAAACAACAACUGUGUACAUUGGUAAGGUUUCUAUUUUAUUUUGUUUAGAUUUUGUAUUUAUUAGUUUUAUGUUUUCUGGUGAAAGCAUCAGGAGUGUUCUCAUAAUUGUUAAAGUAGACUGAUCUCUCUUGUGAAGAUGUGGCACAUUGACCAUAAAAGUGAGCAUAAAAGUUAAAAUAAGGUUUGACGUUAUAUAAAUACAUAUUUUGUCAAGCUUGUGGAUGAUGGGGGACUCCUGGUAAGCUCACAGGAGACAAAUGGGUCAUCUUCAGGCAAAUGGAUAAAGACUAUACAGGGGGGUGGUUACUACUAAGAACAUAAGAAGAACAUAAGAAAGUUUACAAAUGAGAGGAGGCUAUUCAGCCCAUCUUGCUCGUUUGGUUGUUAGUCGCUUAUUGAUCCCAGAAUCUCAUCAAGCAGCUUCUUGAAGGAUCACAGGGUUUCAGCUUCAACAACAUUACUGGGGAGUUGGUUCCAGACCCUCACAAUUCUGUGUAAAACAGUGCCUCCUAUUUUCUGUUCUGAAUGCCCCUUUAUCUAAUCUCCAUUUGUGACCCCUGGUCCUUGUUUCUUUUUUCAGGUCAAAGAAGUCCCCUGGGUCGACAUUGUCUAUACCUUUUAGGAUUUUGAAUGUUUGAAUCAGAUCGCCGCGUAGUCUUCUUUGUUCAAGACUGAAUAGAUUCAAUUCUUUUAGCCUGUCUGCAUACGACAUGCCUUUUUGAACCCGGGAUAAUUCUGGUUGCUCUUCUUUGCACUCUUUCUAGAGCAGCAAUAUCCUUUUUGUAAUGAGGUGACCAGAACUGAACACAAUAUUCUAGGUGAGGUCUUACUAAUGCAUUGUAGAGUUUUAACAUUACUUCCCUUGAUUUAAAUUCAACUCUUCUCACAAUAUAUCCGAGCAUCUUGUUGGCCUUUUUUAUAGCUUCCCCACAUUGUCUAGAUGAAGACAUUUCUACAUCAACAUAAACUCCUAGGUCUUUUUCAUAGAUCCCUUCUUCAAUUUCAGUAUCUCCCAUAUGAUAUUUAUAAUGCACAUUUUUAUUGCCUGCAUGCAGUACUUUACACUUUUCUCUAUUAAAUGUAAUUUGCCAUGUGUCUGCCCAAUUCUGAAUGCUGUCUAUAUCAUUUUGAAUGACCUUUGCUGCUGCAUCAGUGUUUGCCACUCCUCCUAUUUUUGUGUUGUCUGCAAAUUUAACGAGUUUGCUUACUAUACCAGAAUCUAAAUCAUUAAUGUAGAUCAGGAAUAGCAGAGGACCUAAUACUGAUCCCUGUGGUACACCACUGGUUACCUCACUCCAUUUUGAGGUUUCUCCUCUAAUCAGUACUUUCUGUUUUCUCCAUGUUAACUACUCCCUAAUCCAUGUGCAUGCAUUUCCUUGAAUCCCUACUGCAUUCAGUUUGAGAAUUAAUCUUUUAUGCGGGACUUUGUCAAAAGCUUUCUGGAAAUCUAAAUAAACCAUGUCGUAUGCUUUGCAAUUAUCCAUUGUCGAUGUUGCAUCCUCAAAAAA